AUGAACAGUGACCCCUACGACAAGAUGGGUACGAUAGUUAGAGUUGUACAAGGCUUAUGGGAGAAGACGGCGACGGGGGAGUGGUGGUUUUCUGAAAACCCCAUCACCGAGAACGAUAUUGUUGUUAUAAACCACGGCGAUCCGUUCGAAGGUGUUGUGGAGAUGAUUCGUAUAAGGCUUGAACUAGGGGUGCUUACUCCAGUUGCCUUAACAUAUCGGGUCCAUGAUAUGAUCCUCCUUCCACCGAAUAAUGUUGCAACCGAUGCAGAUGUGGAGACAAUGUUGACUGCAACGAAGUUUAUGACGACACCGGUAUUGUGCGUGACAAGUGGCCCUGAACUUGUCGCUAAAUAUCAAUUUCUUUGUCGCUCACCUUUCAGAAUUGGUGAGACAAGUUUUCUAGACGCGGGGAUAACAGAAGAAGAACAUCACGCAGCCAUAAGAAAUCUCGUUGGGGGACACCCCAUUGUUUGCAGCCAACCAGUCUUGGAGAUGAUGUUCAAUGAACCUCAACUGCUUAGUGUUUUUCGUAUUACUCUUGAGAUAGAGCUGGUUUACGCACCAACUGCUGAAGAUAUGGCCCAGUAUCCGCACUUAACGUAUGAAGAUAUUAUUUCCAUAGAGGAAGGUGAAACCAUGAACGCCGACGCCCAAAUCCACAACGCCAACAACCACGAAGAAGAUAACGCGCUAGUCCAUGUCUCCCCGUCCCCCCGUCCAACAAACGGUUCGGCAGGACUUCCCAUUGGACCGUCUCUCAGAAUCACAGCGCCCCAAACACCAACAUCUGUUCUAGUUGUUGAUGAAGCAGAGGCAUCUUACACCGGUUCGUCGGACGGUUUUAACAUCAAUCCAACUAACCAUGUCUCCCCUCCACCCAUUCCAAUGGCAGAAAACGUUAUACUCAUCUCAAGCACUGGCGAAGGAGGAGACGCGACACCGGCUUUACAAAAUGUCAACACCGCUCAAGAAAGCCAUGUCACCAAUGGUCGAACCGGUCGUCACAAUGGAGAACCAAGUCUUGAUCUCACACUUGCCAUCGGAAUAAAUAACAAUCUUGGCAGUGAAAACAUCAUCAACAUAGAGGACACCGAUUCUGAAGCUGACGGGGACAGUGGUGGGUUUGGGUCUGAUCCUUUCUUUUAA